AUGCUCGGCUUACUGAGUAAACUUUCCGAAGUGCGGUUGCAUCAUGGAUCGGAUGCCUACUACUUCAGCGCUAUAACGAAGACACGCUUACCCCCUGACAUAAGUGACAGGAUUAUUGCACUGCCAGGCAUGUCUAGGGUUCGGCACGGCCGACCCAGCAACGGUGGAGAGGUGGCACUCUACUUCCACAAAGACCUCCAAUGGGAGCUCAUAGAGGAUCCAGUCAACGUGGUGCAAGGUUCGCCUUGGUGCCGUUUACGGUUAAAAGGCGACGGCAAUUGUUUAGUGGUGGUCAUUUACCGUCCUACUUCCUCCACGCCCGAGGUGGACUCACAUCUGGCAUCCGCAACAAGGAGGGUGCUAAAUACAAAUUUCAGUCACAUUCACAUAACCGACGAUUUCAACAUCCAUGCUCUGGAAUCUCAAGCAGCUUACGGAGAACAGUUUAAGGUCGAUCUACAAAAGCUCGUCUCCAGUUACCCGAAGUACGGCCUCAGCAACACUCACACUCGAUUCCGAGAAGAAUACGCGCCUUCAAUUCUUGUUCGGAUAUUCACCAACCAAGAAUUAAUGGUCGAAAAGGUGGCCGUCGAUGUCCCGUUGAGCCGUAACGCCCAUGCAUUGCUACUUCGAAUACAUUCGCUCUGA